CACUCAGUAAACUAUUUUUUUCUUCCUGGUUACCUUAAGUUUGCAGUUUAAAAUAUUCAACAUAAUGUUUAUAAAAUAUUUGAUUUGUGUAGUGGUGAUGGCAUUUGCCCUGAAAGCGGCGCGUUGCGAUGAUAUGACCGCUCAGAAUGAAAUUAUGGAUUCGAAUUAUGGCGACGAUCAAAUGAAUUACGGCAAAAUUGACAACGUUCCUGGUCAAAGAAAUGGCCCAUUGGAUAAUGGUGUGUAUGCUUCUCAGCCACCCACCGAGUCUUGGUUAGAUACUGCCCGGAAUGCGUUUAGUGGACCAGCUGGCCAAAUUGUUGUUACCAUGGCCAAGGAAAUGAUUAGCCGUUCAACAGGAAAUAGUCAGAUUUUAAGUUUGAACUUGACAAAUUUGCUGAUUUUGGUUUUGCUCAAAUCGUUGAUAUUCGCUGCGGGGCUCAUUGGUGCCGGUAACUGGGGUCAAUAUGGACGUGCUCGUAGCUUUGACUCUCCGUUUCCGAUUGGGAUGGAUGAGGCACCGUUGUUUAUCGGCUACUUGGCACUGGAGGGAUCGGGUCAAGAUGGAUGCUUGAAUCAGGCCGCUUGCAAAGCACCCGACACAGCAAAAGAGUAUCUCAAGGCGGCUAUGGCCGUUAUAAAGGGCACUGAAAUGUUUGAUCAUAAUUUCUUCAAUUCGUCACGAAAUUACGCGUACACAUUGAACCAAAUGGAGCAUUCGAUUCGACGAGGCAUUGACGGUGAGGCGUGUGAAACAAUUUACCACUGUCACCUGUAACUCACAGUCUCUCGUUUCAAGGCCUCAAUGCACUUAUGAAAUAUUUCAAUUUUGUUCCGUUUGCUAAAAUAGUCAACGCAUUUCGUUUUAGGCACUACAAAUUGU